CGACACUGCGCAGAGAUGGCAAUGGCAUCGUCAUAUUCUUCCUACCAAGAAGUGGACCUUCCCAUCUUAAGCGAAGAAGAAAUUUCGUGUGAAAUGCGAGAACGGGCGUAUGGAAUCUGCAGAGAUUACCUUCAUGGGGCAUGGAAGCAAAUCGCCCCGCAUGAUAUGGUCGUGAAGCAGAUUUGUGGUGGUUUGUCCAACUUACUGUAUUACUGCGCCUUGCCAGCUACACACCCUCCCAAGUCUACAGAGCCUUCAGAGGUCCUCCUCAGGAUCUAUGGACAAGUCCAUGGCGAAGACGCCCUUGAGUCGUUGCUGACGGAGAGCGUAAUCUUCGCCCUGUUGUCGGAGCGCCGCUUAGGUCCCCGGCUCUAUGGCGUCUUCCCCGGAGGUCGACUGGAACAAUUCAUUCCGGCACGUUCGCUGCUGACGGAAGAGUUGGGAGAUAGAGAACUGUCUUCACUCAUUGCAAGCAAGAUGGCUCGUAUUCACGCACUAAAUGUUCCCAUCAGUAAAGAACCUUCGUGGUUAUGGAACACCAUGGAGAAAUGGCUGAAAUCUGGUCAGGAACUCUUCAGCAAGAAGCCAGAUAUUGAUGGUAUUCCUGAACACAUUUUAGAUCGAGUUAAGAAAUUCAAUUACAGAAAAGAGAUAGAUUACCUAUGGAAAAUCAUUGCAAAGGUGCAAUCGCCGGUAGUAUUCUCCCACAAUGAUAUGCAAGAAGGCAACAUCCUACUGAACACACAAGGGAAGACUCCAGACGACAGACUCUCUAUCAUUGACUUUGAGUAUUGUUCUUACAAUUAUCGGGGCUUUGAUAUUGCCAACCACUUCUGUGAAUGGAUGUAUGAAUAUAAAUUACCUGUUUAUCCAUACUAUACUGUGGCUACAGAAAAUUUCCCAGAGAAAGACAAACAGCUGUUCUUCAUUAGAGCAUAUCUAGAAGCCUAUGAGUUAGCCAAGAGGAGGAAAGGGGUAUCAUCAUCAGGUGGAAGUAACGAAGACCAAACAGUUUCGGGGAAUGUUCUUGGUAGCGUGCCUGUUAACUGUAACAACAACACAAUAACACAACCAAGUGUCAGUUACUCCCCUCCUAGCCACCCUGCUGAAGAUAAAAUACUUUCAGAAGUUCAAGUUUUUACACUUGCAGCUCAUCUGUUUUGGUCUUUGUGGUCCAUUGUCCAAGGACAAGUCUCAACUAUACCUUUUGGUUACAUGGAGUAUGCAGCCGUGAGACUAGACCAUUACUUGGAGGGAAAAGCCAGUCUAAGAGCAGAUACUUUCAGUAAAAGAAAGCUGGAUGUAAUCACAACCGAGACAUAAAAACUGCAGAAAAUAGUCUUUAUUUUGAUAUAUACAGUGCUUCUUAAUUCUUUCAGGGAAAUACUUUGUCAGUUGAUAAAGCCUGUUGGUACUACACUAUCAUUUUGCACUAGCUGUGAAAUAGUUUCUCCAUCUAAAUGUAAGAGUUGGAUUUUUGUAUUACAGUGCAGCGUUGCAAUUCUGUAAGAGUUUACUUCAACAUCAGUAUUUUUGUAUUUCUUGUGUCUUGUGCAGUUCUUAUAAAUGUUAGCCUUUUUUUAUGUAUUAGUGGGUAAGCAGUGAUAUGGUACCAUAAGAUUAUAGGAGCUGCCAUUCAGAAUAGUAAAAAUGGACAGUAUACAUAUUACAGAGUUUUUUGCAGUCUGUUGUAGACGUUACCUAAUAUGGAAUUACUUUGAACUGUACUAUUUAAAAUGCAGAAACUUAGCCUGAUAAAGUUUAUAAAACUUAUUCUUAGGUUUUUUAAACAGGCAUUUGUUCACAUUAGCCUGAUUCUAGACACAACAGAUAACAUUGCCAUCAUUAUGUCAUGCCUUUCAAGAUUUUUGUAGUAUUAUUGGAAUAUAAAGGUUUUAAAGUAAGUGUUUCCAAGUUACAGCAAGUGAUAUCCUCAAUGCCAGAUCUUUACUGUGAUGUACACUACAAUUCUGUGAUCUAUUGUAUUAAUCUAUAUAAUGUAUAAAUAUGUAGUGGUUUAGCUUGGUGCCAUUGCUAACUUUUUUUUUAGAAAGGUUGCCUUUUUGAAGGAAAUUGCUAAUUUGCCCAUAGGACAAGAGUACUACUGUAUGGCAUUGCAAAGGAGGAUUGCCACUCUAUUAUCUUUCAUAUUGCAAUGGGUGACUCGUGUAUUAAAUGAACAUAUAUAGUAUAAGCAGGAUUUAGCCUGUGGUGAAUGUUUGAAGACUUUAUGUAAUUCAUACUUUCUAGAAUUUUAAAGAUAAAAAGACAAUAAUGUAGUAAUAGUAUAGCUGUAUGGCUCACUUUUAUAAACAGCUACAAGAUUUGAAUCUUACAUUAACAAAAAAGCAGAGCUGUGAAAACAAAGUAAUAAUUCGGCUUCUCAUAAAGUCUAAUUGUUAUUAUGAUAGCUUUAGCGAGGUGUCAAUGGUAAUAAGAGCGUAAGAAAGCAGAGGCAGUACUAAGCCAUCAAAUGGUGGGGCAUUUGAUAAAUGAAAAUCUUUCCCUUGGCAGAAGAAUGCAUGACCGUUUGAAAAUUCAUUUGUUUGAAAUUUGAUGAAUUAAUCCAAAGUAUGACCAUUCAAAAUGUCAUACAUUAAGAACUUUGUGUUAAUACAGUAUUAAAAUGCCAUAUCAUAGGAUUAGAUACUGUAGGUUACCGAGCGAUGGCGCAGUGUUUAAUGGGAUUAUAUUCUUGUAAGUAAACUUUUUUGGUAAUCAUCUCUAAAAUUUAGUCCAUCGCAUUCAUGUAUCAUUAAUUUUAGGCUUAGAAGUCUGAUGCAAAGGUUAAAUAUUUGUAGAUGUCCAGUAUAAAAUCCAGUUUUGAAAUAUUGAAAAACUGAAAAAAAAAAAAAAAAAAAAAUAGACAUUUGGACAUUCCUCUUAAAAUGCAAUGCAAUUCAUAUUCAUUUUUUGUAAAUAAAAGCAUUUUAUCAUUUACAUUUUUAGACAUAGUAUUUUAGAUGAUUUUAAAUGGAAAGUUAAAGUUCGGUGCUCUUGGUACCUUACUGUAGAGUGCAGCACUUUGUCAGUGUCCUGUAUCCAUAAAAACUAGAAUGAUUGGAACACUAGUGGUACUACUAUAUACUUAGAAAAUUUAUUUACUUUUAAUACGGUUUGAAAUAAUGGUUAAUUUUUUCAUAACUUUUUGUGAGACAUAUCCUAGACACUGACAAAUAUAAGUAGGUUAUUGUUCCAUAUCUUAGUUACAGUUGGAUUUUCAAUUUGCUAGUACAUUCAGUAUAGUAUGUAUUUUGGGAUUAAUGCUUUAAUAAUUGCACUUUUUAAAAUUAAACUGUUGAUACAGUAUAUAAAUGUACAGUUAAUGCACAAGAUAUAAUGCUAUCAUGUAUGCUUAUUCUUGGUACUUUUGUACUUUUGGAAGACAUUUUCAAAUGUGACACAAAGUUAUGUAUUCCUUUGCAAAUGUUCACAAAGCAUUUGUAUAGUGUCCGCGUACCCUGCUAAUUUUCCAAUACAGUAUUACAGGAUGAUGUUUCACAGCUUUUAACUUGAAAAUGAGUUUUUGCAUAUGUGAUUACUGUAUAUUUUAGCCAGCCCACAGAAACUGAGUAAAUUUUAUUUAAAUAUUGUAGUACUCACAUAAUUUUCUUGAAGAUUGCUUGCAUAAUUACCAUAGACUGCAGAGUUUGCAAGAACAUGUUUCUGAACAGUAUAUUAAGUGGGAGAAACUGAACAAUAAUUUUAGUGAUACUUUAGUGAAUUUCUUUGCUUGGGACAGGACAUUUUCUUUCAUUUGGCGCACUCAUAAAUCCCAUUGACAGUUUAAUUAUAUACAUAACUUGAAUUUGAGUUUCUUGUAAUAUUGUUGCUGGUACUUCACAUUUCCUUGAGGUACACAUGAAAAUCCUUGGAAACUUAAGUAAGCCCUAUAAGUUUUUUAAGCCAAUUAGAUAGAUGAUGUCCAUUCUAUCCACUAUAAUUCAAAACACUAUGAAGAUUCAAGUGUUUUAGAGCUACCUCUGCUGAAAGAAUUUUCCCUUUGUAGUCUGAUUAAACUUUUUAAUGAAAUGCCAGUUGCCUUAUAAAUAAGCUGCCUUUUAUGAAGUGUGCAGGUUUUCUAAAUGACCUUCUCAUAAAACAAAUAUCUUGUAAGGUUGCGUGGCAUGCAUUAAAGUUUACUUGAUGUUAGUGAAGCUUGAUGUACAUGUACAGUACAAAAACAAUGUUUGACCCUGUUUAUCUUGAUUUUUUUAAACUAUUUCCCAAAUUUCUUUUAGCAUUUGUAUGAAAACUACAUACAACUAAAUCAUCUCAAAGUUAAUUUCAAAUUGUUAAAUUCUUAGAUCACAUACAAAUUUCCAAGUGUUCCUUACUCAGCUCUAAUUAAUCCCUACUGUCGUAAGGGAAGUUAAAGUAAUAAAUAGGGAGCACACUUUAAAACAAUCAUUAAAAAUAUUAUGCAUUGCAGUUUUAGUGAAGAUUUUUCAGUCCUUAUGUUAGAAAAAAUUUAUUUUUUUUCAAUUCUUGUUUAGAAAGAAUUUUCGUCUUUUUAAGCGCCAGUAUUGCAUAGGACAAGUUUCCAACUUGAACAGUAACAAAAUGGAAGGGAAUUGUUCUGAGCUAAAACAUUUCCUUAGACAAUUACCCUUGAGUGAAUUAUUUUUAGUAACUAAGUAAUAAACCAAAUUAGUACGUAUUGUAUUUUUAACAUGCUUAUGGAAGUAAAAUAAUUAUUUUAUUGUAAGUGAUGUAGGGGUUCAGAAUUUUGUACACUAGAAUUUGUCAUAAUUUUUAUGGCUAGGGUGAUAAAAAAUUAUGGGAAUUACCUGUUUAUGCUUCAAGAUUUAAGUUAUCCAGUGGCUUAGAAUUCCAAAUAAGCAUUUUCAGUUGUAAUGUUUUAAACACUUUCUUAUAAUAAAAGGGAAGUAUAAUA